AUGCUCUCUAGCGACCACAUCGAGCAUCUGCCGAAAGAGAUGGGUCAGGGGCGCCGCUUGCAUUCUCUGGAGCCUCCCGAGUUGGGAGAUUGUGGCGACCACGGGACACUUUCUUUAGAAGGUACCGUGAACGAAGCCGAAUAUUCCGGAUUAGUCAAAGGCAUGCAACGCGCUAUAAACGCGAUGGCCCAGGAACUGGUAUUGGAGCUACCCGUUAACAAUACAGCGGCUCCAGGGGGUUAUCGGUUGUAUCCAACGCACCCGUUGAGGUUGCUCCAAGAAGCCGAAGGACUCCAAGCUAAGUUCAAGUCCUUGCGCCUGGCACAUGUGAAGAGAGACUUCAACGCCGCCGCCGACUACAUUUCCAAGCGGGCCAUCCAAGAGCAGUCAUCAUUAGAAGUCACAGACCUCGGGGAACGGAAGUUGCUUCAAGGCCUGAACCGGAUCCACGAAAAACCGAUGAAGGACCCGAGUCCCCGAGAACAGUCGCUGGUGGAGUGCGCUUUCAUAGCCACAGCCCGGGGCAUACCUAGAGUCGGCGAGCCGGGAACCGAAGGCGCGGAAGAGGGACUGGAAGUUGGCCCCCGAAACCCCGACUCCCAGGACUCUAAAGAAGACUUUGAGGACGCUCGCAGAGAACGAUGGAGGAGGAUUUGUUCCCACCAGACACACGACCCAGGACUUGCACCUCUGGUGAGGUUCCUCCGAGGCGAGACAGAGCAGAUGUCCCUGAGGCAGACAACGCACCUGGCCAAGAUGACGGACCUGUUUGUGAUGGACUUCCGGGACGCGUUGUUCAAUGUGAGUCGAAACAACCAGAACACCCGCGGGACGCUGUCGAUUUAUAUUCUGCACCACUGUCACGCAGACCUCCAAGGCGCCCACCAGGGUAUCACCCGGACCUACGAGAGAUUGCGCAAAGAAUUCUACUGGAUUGGGAUGUUCAAGGACACAGAGCGAUAUGUCAAAGAGUGCGUGGAUUGCGUCACGGCUAAGGGGUUACUCCGGAACCCGGGCUCGUCACCCGGCAAUUUGCUGGCUACGCGACCGUUUCAAGUCGUCCCGAUGGACUUUAUUAUACCGUUGCCUCAGUCAGCCCGGGGAAACAGAGCACUACUCUUGUUCCAGUGA